AUGGAUACAAUUGAUUUUGAAGAAUGUCUUAAAGAUUCUCCUGCUUAUCGAACUCAACUUCGACAAGCAGCUAAUCAUAUUGAUCUACUUGAAGAUCGUUUAGAACAAAUGUUGAAAAUGUGCAAUUCUGUAAUUAAUAAUGGAAAAAUAUUUGUACAAGAAUUUCAAAAAUUUUUAAAAUGUAUUUUUGAUGUACGUGAAUUAUUUUCUACGGAUGAAAUAGCUUAUAAAAGUUUAGGAAAAUUUGGAAAUUAUUUACGUGAAAUACAAACACUUUUUUCUAAUUUACUUGAACAAACAUCACAUAGCCUUUUACGAACAUUAACACGUAUGUUAAAAGAAGAUAUAAGAAAAGUUAAAGAUCAAGGCAAAUUAUUUGAACGUUUAAGUUCAGAUUAUGAUAUGGCUUUACAAAAAAAUGCUGAUGCAUCAAAAACUAAACCUCAUAUAUGUGAAGAUGCCAGUAAAAUUUUAACAGCAACACGUAGUUGUUUUGGUCAUACAUCAAUUGAUUAUACAUAUCAAAUAAAUGUUUUAUAUAAUCAACAUAAAGUUGAAUUAAUUGAAUUAUUUUUAUCAUAUAUUAAUUUUCAUAAAGCAUUCUUUCAUCAAGGUUAUGAAUUAUUAUCUAUAGAUACUGAAAAAGAUUUUAAUACAAUUACAACAGAAUUAACUAAAAUAAGACAAGAGAAUGUUCAAAAACAAAAAAUGUUAGAAAAAGUACAUGAUACUAAUCAAAAAAGAUGGAAAUUUGAUGAUAAUCGAAACGAUGGAAUAUCAACAGAAACAUUAUCUGUGCCAAAAGAACAUUUACCAAGAAAUCAUUCACAACAGAAUUUAUCAAAUAUUACAGGUACAUUAAUAUAUGGAGUUGAAGCAACAAAAGAAGGUUAUCUUUUUAAACGUUCUCAUAAUAAAUUCAAAACAUGGAAUAGACGUUGGUUUUUAAUUCGUAAUGGUCAAUUACUCUAUAUGAAACGUAAUAAUGGACAUUCAAUAAAUGAUAAUACUCAACAACAAUCAUCAUAUUCAGUAAUGAUAUCAGAUUUACGUUUAUGUACAAUUCGUCCAUCGAAUGAUAAUGAUCGUCGAUUUGUUUUUGAAAUUAUUUCACCAAAUAGUACACAUCUUCUUCAAGCUGAUUCACAAAUUGAAUGUGAUCAAUGGAUUAAUUCACUUCAAUUAGCAAUAACUAAUUUAUUUAAAUCAUCAGAUAAUGGAAAUACAAAUACAUUUGCAUCAUUACCAGCAAUGUUCUCGAAUCAUCGUUCAAAUACAGUUUUAACUGCUAAAACUGAAAUAAAACAACAAAUGAUUAAAGAUAAAAUUGAAUAUGUACGUUCAAUUGUUGGCAAUGAAAAAUGUUGUGAUUGUGAUGCAGAUGGACCCGAAUGGGCAUCGAUUAAUUUAGGAAUUUUACUUUGUUUAAAUUGUGGUGGUGCUCAUCGUGGUCUUGGUGUUAGCCUUUCAAAAGUUCGUUCACUUCAUAUGGAUACAUGGGAUUUAGAAACAUUAAUUGUUAUGUCGGAAUUGGGUAAUACUGUUGUCAAUAGUAUAUAUGAAGCACAAAUAUCAAAUGAUAUGAAAAAACCAAAUGCUGAAACAGAUCCUUUGACACGUCGAUCUUAUAUAGAAGCGAAAUAUGUUCAAAAAGCAUUUUUACGUCCAUUACCAGCAUCGAAUCAAAUGCGUUCAUCAACACGUACUAUUAAACGAUGGUCUGUAAUGAAAAAUUCAAUAUCAACAGCUAAUAAUGAAAAUGAAAAUGAUGAUGACACAUCACAUACAUCAAAAGUCAACAAUCGACAAUUAUUAACUAGACGAUUAACAGCACCAUCUGAGAAUGACACAACGACUGAUAAUUCACCAGCAAUAUGGAAUAUGAAUAUAUAUUUAUAUGAAGGAGCUCGUCAUCGAAAUGUUCCAACGAUGCUUCAUGCAUUAGCUCUUGGUGCUGAUAAAAAUUUUCAUAAUGAACAUGAUCAUGGACGAACACCAUUAAUUCAAACAAUAUUAAGCAGAUCAGUCGCAGCUGCAGAAUUUCUUUUAACAAAUAAUGCAAAAGUAAAUUUAGCUGAUGAAGAUGGUAAAACACCACUUCAUCAUGCAACACAAUUAGCAAAUAAAGGACGCGGACCAAUUAUUCUUUUACUUAAACGUGGUGCUGAUCCAUUAUUAAAAGAUCAUAAUGGUAUUGAUGCAUGUUCACUUUCUAUGGCUAUUGGUGAUCCUGAUGUAAUAACAUGGUAUCGUUUAAUAGCAUUACAUGAACAAAUGAAAGAAGAAGAUGCUGAUGCUGAAAAAACAUAUAUAUCAAUAUUAGAUGAUCCUGUAUAUAUGAAAGAAAUAGCAAGGACACCAUCAUUUUCAUAA